UAUAAAGGGAUAGAGGGAUUAUGUUUCCUUUUCCUUACAAAAAGUGUUUCCAAACACACACUGUCUCAAAGAGCCGUUACUUCUGAAAAUAGCUCGGGAUUUAUUUUUAAUUCUUUCUGUUUGGUUGUGAGAAAGUUGUCGGGAAAGCAAAGAUUAGGGUUUUUAGGAGGCUUAAGCUUUUCCCUUUUUUUUUUUGGUCUUUUUCUUUAAUCAUUAUUUGGGGAAAUGGAUAGCAGCAGCUUGGAGCAGACAUUGCAGGAUGGGAAUCUUUAUCGUCAGGUGAAUUCUCUUAUUGUGGCGCAUCUUCGUGACAACAAUCUCAAUCAGGCUGCAAGUGCAGUAGCUUCGGCGACAAUGACACCGCUGAAUGCUGAAGCUCCUCCUAACAAGCUUCUUGAACUGGUUGCCAAGGGUCUUGCAGUGGAGAAAGAUGAGACCUUAAAAGGGGUUCCUUCGUCUGCCUUUGAUUCAGGCGCAGUGGUUCCUGCAGCAUAUGGUUCAAUCCCAGCUCCUCGUGCUGUUGCUGUUGAUUUCAGUGCUGUGCAUGAUUCAAAAGGCUCAUCAAAGAGUUUCCCAAAGCAUGAGACACGGCAUGUUUCAGAGCAUAAGAACAUUGCCAGAUGUGCAAGAUUUAGUCCUGAUGGGAGAUUUCUUGCAACAGGGAGUGCGGACACAUCAAUCAAACUGUUUGAGAUAUCAAAAAUCAAGCAAAUGAUGCUGCCAGAUGCUAGGGAUGUUCCUGUGCGACCUGUCAUACGGACAUUUUAUGACCAUCUACAACCAAUAAAUGAUCUGGAUUUCCAUCCUCAAAAUGCUGUUCUCAUAUCUGGAGCUAAGGAUCACACAAUAAAGUUCUUUGAUUUUUCAAAAACAGUAGCAAAGAGAGCAUUCAGAGUAAUCCAGGAUACUCACAAUGUGCGGUCUGUAUCUUUUCAUCCCUCUGGAGAGUUUCUUUUGGCAGGGACUGAUCAUCACAUUGCCCACUUGUAUGAUAUUAAUACUUUUCAGUGUUACCUAUCUGCAAAUGUCCAAGAGAUUGGUGUUAAUGGAGCCAUAAAUCAGGUGAGGUAUUCGUCGACUGGUGGCAUGUAUGUAACAGCAUCUAAAGAUGGUGCUAUAAGGUUAUGGGAUGGGGUAACAGCCAAUUGUGUGCGCUCCAUAGUUGGUGCACAUGGAACAGCAGAAGCCAUCAGUGCAAAUUUUACAAAGGAUCAGAGGUUUGUUCUCUCUUGUGGAAAGGAUUCUUCUGUAAAGCUUUGGGAAGUCGGCACUGGAAGAUUGGUCAAACAAUAUCUUGGAGCUACACAUACACAGUUGCGGUGCCAGGCGGUUUUCAAUGAUACAGAAGAAUUUGUACUCUCCAUAGAUGAACCGAGCAAUGAGAUUGUCAUCUGGGAUGCCCUAACAACAGAAAUGGUGGCAAGGUGGCCGUCCAACCAUAUUGGUGCUCCGCGUUGGCUGGAGCACUCACCAACAGAGGCAGCGUUUGUUUCCUGUGGGAUAGACAGGUCAGUGCGGUUCUGGAAGGAAAUCCUCUAGGUCCAAGAUAGAGGAGUUGACGUCUCUCAACAAGGAGUUGCAAAUUGAAUACACAAUUCGCUUAAAAUUUUUUUUUGGCGAGAUUUCGCUUUGUAAAACUACAUAAAUGAUGGAAACAGAUGGUCUUGCCAGCAGUUGUUUUGUUUCUCAGACUUGUCAAACUACCGGAGUUAAACGCUGUCAGGUUGUGUUUUUAAUAAAAUCUUGUAGUUGUAUUUUAUGAUUUUUUUCGCAUUUUAGGAGCUCUGUUGCAGAACAUUGUCCUUUUCUUAUUCUCCACUGUAACAAUAGCUGGCUUAAUGGAAUUACAGUAAUUUUUUCCUUUUA